AUGGGCACUAUGACAAGUGACCACGAUCGAACGGGUGACUCCCGCGCGCGGGAGUUGUUCCAUUACUUUCAACCAGACAACCCGGCCAUGCUUCCGACCAGCCAGAUCGCCACCGCGGGAAGCUCAUCCCUUUCCAACACCACCACCAGAGGAAGCCCCAACCUAGUUUUGACCGCACUGGCCCAGCUCGCUGCCGUCAAGCUACAGGCGCAACGGGCGAUCAUCAGCCUGAUCGGCCGUGAGACUUUAUACGUCGUGGCCGAGGCUUCUAGGUCGCUAGAUAUCGCCAACCCCAUCUACAAUGAGACGUCCGACGACGGACUGUGGAUGGGAUGCUCGAAUGGCCCCGUUGCGGGAACACUAUGCGAGGAAACGAUUGCGCUCGAGGCCACCCCGGCUGAGCCACAUCCAUUCUUCGUCGUUAGCGAUCUCAGAGACCAUCCCAAAUACCACAAGCUGCCAUGCGUGGCUGAAUGUCCGUAUUUCCGCUUCUAUGCCGGGACGCCGCUCAAGACUCCCAGCGGGGUCAAUAUUGGCAGCCUAUAUGUAAUCGACCCUCGGCCGGAUCUGAACUUGGACGCAUCUCAUCAGGCUAUCCUGGGAAAUCUGGCCGACACGGUGAUGGAGUACUUGGAGACGUCGCGGCAAUCAUUGGAAGCCAAUCGGUUGACCAAGCUCUUGGCCGGGUUGAAUACAUUCGUGCAGGGGGAAACGGAGCCAGACGGCUGGUCCACCUCCGCUAGCGCAACUGUUUUUCAAACCACUUCCCCUUCAGGAGCCCGGGUUCGAUCUUCAAGUACCAGCGUCUACUCCGAGGCUGAUCAUACACCGAAGGAGAGGUCCCUUGUCCCAUCACCAUCCCCUGUCACGGAGUCGGCAACGAUCAAAACGGCCUCGGAUUCAACGGCCCCAGGGCCUCCUCCUCCUCCACCACCACCUUCUCAUGUUUCUGCUCGCCCAAAAACUGAGUCUGGCCGAAGCCCGACAGAUCGAACGGAUCGAACCUUUCACCGUGCGGCCUCUACAAUCCGUCAAAGCCUCGAGUUAGGUUCACACGGCGGAGUGAUCAUAGUCGGGACCACCGAUGGCGCGGACGAAGACUUUUACGAGGGGUCUGAUGAAGACAAAGAACGCAAACUCGCCAAAGUAUGGGCUCUCUCGCGUUCAGAUGCGAGUCCCGAUUCCCCCGAGAACGAUCCCGACGUACUUCCCGCGGUGCAGAUGGAUUCUCGCUUUGUGCGUCACAUGAUCAGACGUUAUCCACGUGGUGGGUUGUGGUAUUUCCAGGAUGAGGCGCUCUCUCUGUCUUCGGACGAAGAUGCAUCCGUUUUGGAUGGCACUAAAUCCUCAAGGUCGGAACUACCAGCUAGUGCCUGGGUAUCCUCACGCUAUGACGACCGACUCCGCGAGAAAGAUCUGCGAGCACUGGAGAAAUAUUUCCCAAAUGGUUCCAGAAUUAUCUUUUCGCCGCUUUGGGACACAUUGAAUUCUCGUUGGUUCGGUGCGUGCUUCUGCUGGAGUAGUGCCGAGACCCGAGUCUUCAGCACCCACGUCGAUCUGGGAGGUUUAAUCGGAUUCGGGUCAUCAUUGAUGGUCGAACACAGCCGAAUCCGAAGUCAGGAGUCGGCCGUCAAGAAAGGAGACUUUAUCAGCACCAUCUCACAUGAAAUGCGGAGUCCUUUACACGGUAUCCUCGGCGCGAACGAGUUGUUGUCGGAACACAUUCGCUCGGAAUUCGGCUUAAGACUCCUAGAUACCAUUCGGGCAUGCGGCCAAACUCUGCUGGACACCUUUGAGCAAAUUCUUGAUUUUGCCAAGAUCAAUUCAUUCGAUAGACAUUCAAAACGGCCGCGAUCACCGCAUCAUCUCGGUUCCCACAGCCUGGACCAAAAGUCACGCCGAUCACAAUCUUAUCACCUCUGGAAAUUGGUCAACAUCGUCAGUGUCGUAGAGGACGCGGUCGAAAGCGUCUACUCGGGCCAGCUGAUGUCUGGCUCGCUGGCUCGCAAAAGCGCGUGGGGCUUGAGCCCGGACGCCUCCACAGCCGCACCUCCCGACACUGGAGAUCUCCAGCGAUUACAUUUGGACGUAAUCAUUGAUGCUCCUGCAGGCGACUGGAUCUACCUCGUAGAGGCUGGAGCCUUGCGUCGGUUGGUCAUGAAUGUGUUUGGAAAUGCUAUAAAAUAUACUGAACAGGGAUCUAUCACCUUGCAUCUUGAAACGCAGAGACCGAAAAAGGGUACUCCGCUGCUCAUCCUCACGGUAUCGGACACGGGUCGGGGUAUCUCGCACGACUAUCUCCACUCGAAGAUCUUCACUCCAUUCUCACAGGAGGAUUCUCUUUCGCCAGGUACCGGUUUGGGACUGUCCCUCGUCCGUGACAUUCUUCGAUCUUUGAGCGGAAGCAUCACAAUCAAAAGUCAAGUAGGUGUUGGAACCGUUGUCAGAAUGGCGUUUCCUAUCUUGGAUCCGCCACAAUCUGACCCCUCGGCUGUGAAGCCUGGCUCACCGAUCCCAUCGCCACCUCUCCCAGGGGCGUUGGAUCGUGUGCGAGAGAAACUUGGAGGCAAGACUGCUCUACUCUUUUCGCUGCCUGGUGGAGCAAUCACCGCUCCAUUGCGCACCGUAGGGCAGUAUGCGGCGGAGUGGCUGGGCAUGACAGUUGCCGCGUCGCCCUCCACUUUCCCGGCCGAUGUGGUCAUUGUGGAUGAGGUCAACAUCAGUUCUCUGCCGGACUGUCAACGUCAGUCUCUGGUACUAAUUUUGUGUCAUCGGAGACCCAAACUGUGCGACCAAAUGAAUGCAAGUCGCGAGCAGCUUCCCAAUGCCGUGUGGGUCACCCUCCCUUGUGGGCCACAGCAACUGGCGCGCUCGAUUCAAGCCCACUGGCAAGCACAAGCCCUGACAAGCCCAGCUGUGCUAGCCAUGAUGCCGGAAGGUGUGAACCCGGCACGUCAACUCGAGAUCGCGAAACCGUCCCUUAUAGUACCACCAACCUUACCCGGCUCGCACUACGAUGAUCAGCAGCCCGGGGAGGCGCCGCCUAAGCUGGCUUGUGAUGAUGAAUCACGGCCUAGUUUCACUGGGCCAUCCAUGGUGUCUGUGGCUCCCCCGGCGGACGCUUUAACGCCCCAGGCCAGCCGCGGAGGAACUCCUGUCAAUGCUCCCGACCACUCCCCCGACCCACUCCCAUCUCUCUCGGCCAAUCCUUCUAGUUAUCUUCGGAUCUUACUUGUGGAGGACAACACCAUCAAUUUAACUCUUCUUUCUAGGUUUGUUUCUCGCCUGAACCCACGAAUUCUGGAUACUGCUGUAAACGGGGCGAAAGCGGUGGAGAAGGUGCUAAAGAUGGAGGAUGGGUAUCACUUUAUAUUGAUGGAUUUGUCGAUGCCCGUUAUGGACGGGUUCACUGCGACGCAAAAGAUUCGUUCGAUUGAGAUGGACCGAGCCACCUCGACUCCUGCCACCAUCAUCGCUCUUACGGGACUGGGUUCUAGUGAGCAUAUCCGGCGAGCCUACGCCGCUGGCGUCAAUGUCUUCUUGCGGAAGCCAUUCUCCUUCAAAGAUAUCAAGGGCAUCUUUGAACACGAGGUAGCCAAGAAUGGACCUGCUUAA